GAGACGAAACAUUGGAAGGCUUAAACUGAGAAAAACAAAGCCGUUGGCUUUUGUAAGCCGCUCGUUCUUCGAGACAAAACACACUACACUACACAUUACACUACUCUCUCUCUCUCACUCAUCUCUUUCCUCUUUCUUUCUUUCUCUCUCUCCUUAAAAUCCGACGAAAUUAUGAUUCACUUUACCUUUUAAUCAGGAAUAUCCCCUGUUUUCAACCUUCUUCUUCCUGAGGUCUUCAUCACAUUCUUCGUUUUCUUGGAAACAAACAGUCUAAUCCCAAGUUCAAGGGUUUUUUUUUCAUCUUCAGUAGAGGCUAAAACUAUGAGCUUUACAAGAUGGGAAGUGUUCUGUGUUCUCUCUGUUCUGGCCUUGACAAUGCCUUUCUCAGCUGGAGUCACUAAUCUACGAGAUGUUUCGGCGAUUAAUAACUUGUACAUCACUUUGGGAGCACCAUCUCUAUCUAAGUGGCUUGCUUUUGGAGGAGACCCUUGUGGAGAAAAGUGGCAAGGUGUGGUUUGUGACUCCUCAAACAUCACAGAAAUAAGGAUACCAGGCAUGAAGGUUGGUGGAGGCUUAAGUGAUACUUUGGCUGAUUUUUCAUCUAUUCAAGUGGUGGACUUCAGUAGCAAUCAUAUUUCAGGGACAAUUCCACAGGCUUUGCCUUCUUCCAUCCGAAACCUAUCUCUCUCGGGCAAUCGUUUCACUGGGAAUAUUCCCUUCACAUUGUCAUUUCUAUCCGAUUUGUCUGAACUGUUGCUGGGAAACAAUAUUCUAUCAGGAGAGAUACCAGAUUACUUUCAGCAGUUAUCAAAACUGACAAAACUGGACUUAUCGUCUAACAUACUGACCGGGCAUUUACCUUCCUCCAUGGGAGACUUAGCAUCUCUUAAGAUAUUGCAUUUGCAGGACAACAAGCUCACCGGAACACUUGAAGUUAUAGAGGACCUUUUCUUGACUGAUUUGAAUGUAGAAAACAACUUAUUCUCCGGACCUAUACCGCCAAAUCUGUUGAAAAUUCCGAAUUUCAAAAAAGAUGGAACUCCGUUCAAUACAUCGAUUAUAACUCCACCGCCUCCGCCUGUAGUUGAUCCACCUCCUGCUACUCACCAUGCUCCUCCUGUUAACCGUGUCCCUCCUAUUUCCGGUGUUCCUCCUGCUCCUUUUGCUCCAUUUGCUCCACUGCAGCCACAACAACCACCACCAUCACCACCUUUGGUUUGGUCACCGCCUUCUGAUAAUGGAGGAGGAGGAGGAGGAGGAGGAGGAGGAGGAGAUCCAUGGAACUCCGGUUCAGGGCAACCAACCUUGCAGAUAUCACCUCCUUCAGGUUCAGGAUCAGGAAAAUUCUGGUCCACGCAAAGAAUCAUUCUAGUAAUUUCUUCAGUCGCCAUAAUUGUUCUUGUCUCGGGUUUGUGUGUUACACUAUGGAGAUGUUGCAGAAGUAAACUAUCUAACAGAUAUUACAGUAAUGCUCGUAAAGAUUUACCACGACCAUACUUCAAUAAACCUCCAUCUCAACCUACCCCCACUCUGGGAAAAGUUUCUCGGGAGCCCAUGGUUAAGCCUUACGAUGGGUAUGGAACUGCAGACAGAAAAUACGGGUAUCCUAUGCCACCACGAGCUGAAGAGAGCCGGAGAGCAAUGCCUCCUACUUCAUACUAUAAUAAGGAUGUUAAUACACUGCAUAAACCGCUACAACAACCACCUAGACAGUUCCAGUCCAGUGAUGUUGCUUCAAAGAGAGCGGCUCAUUUUCCCCCGGGCUUAAAUACUUCAUCUUCUGCUACCGUUUUCACUAUUGCUUCACUUCAGCAAUACACAAAUAAUUUUUCAGAAGAGAACAUAAUCGGGGAAGGGUCGAUUGGUAAUGUUUACAGAGCCGAGCUUCGUCAUGGAAAGUUUCUUGCGGUGAAGAAGCUGAGCAAUACGAUCAACAGAACGCAGAGUGAUGGUGAUUUUCUCAAUUUAGUCUCCAAUGUGUUGAAGCUUAAACGCGGUCCUAUAUUGGAGCUUCUUGGUUACUGUAACGAGUUUGGUCAAAGGCUACUUGUGUAUGAGUACUGUCCUAACGGAUCAAUUCAAGAUGCACUACAUUUGGAUCGCAAGUUGCACAAGAAGCUCACUUGGAAUGUGCGUAUAAAUGUUGCGUUAGGAGCUUCAAAGGCAUUGCAGUUUCUUCACGAGGUAUGUCAACCGCCGGUUGUACACCAGAAUUUCAAGUCUUCCAAGGUUCUCCUUGAUGGAAAGCUCGCAGUACGUGUUGCAGACAGCGGUUUGGCUUAUAUGUUACCACCACGCCCAACGAGUCAGAUGGCGGGUUAUGCCGCUCCUGAGGUUGAGUAUGGGAGCUACACUUGUCAGAGCGAUGUAUAUAGCCUCGGGGUUGUGAUGUUAGAACUGCUCACCGGACGCAGACCAUUUGACAGGACAAGGCCUAGGGGACAUCAGACACUAGCUCAGUGGGCAAUUCCUCGGCUUCAUGAUAUCGAUGCCUUGACAAGAAUGGUUGAUCCGUCGCUACACGGAGCAUAUCCAAUGAAGUCCUUGUCACGUUUUGCAGAUAUCAUAUCACGUUCACUGCAGAUGGAACCGGGAUUUAGGCCGUCGAUAUCAGAAAUUGUCCAAGAUCUUCAACAUAUGAUCUAAGAUACAUUCUUAGCCUAGCAUGUUAUGAAAUGUUUUUUAUCCUAAGCUUGUAAAACAUUUAUUUUCUUUUGAAUAUAAUUUAACAUUAAAUUCCAAAAAAAAAAAAAAACCGUUCUUAGCCUACGACCAAUAUUUUAUUAUCAGAUUCUUGUUCUUAUGGCAUCAACAUCAUCUUUAAUCGCACAAACUAUUUCUUUUGUAAUAUAAAAACACUUAUGUUUGGUGGCUGUA